AUGACUUCUUUUCUUCGGCGGAAUCCAAAUCCCAGUAGGCUACAUCUAAAGCCGCAGGCAAUUCAUAUCAACAAGGCGAUUACAGACAAGGAUGUGCCACCAAAAGUGAAGCAUGUUAGAGCCAUCAUCUUAGCAACUUUUGAAGAACAUUCCUCCAAAUUUUUCUACACUUUGACCUCAGAUCGUCCACUUUCUUCCAGUCCAGUUUUAUGCUGGAAGUUCCUGUACAUAGUUUAUAAACUCCUCCGCUCCGGACAUUCUGAAUGCAUCGGGGAUGGAAUUCGAAAUGCCUCAAAGCUUUGGCAGCUUCAAGCUUCAUGGCAAGCUCAACGAAUCAGCCAUAGCUACCCACUCGCUCAAUUUUUUCGACUUCUAAUUGGACGUCUGAAGUUGCAUAGAAAAUAUUCGAUAUUACCGGGCAAUCUUGAACUUACGGUUCGAGACAAAAGCACAGCACUCCAGGCCAUACCAGAUCACUUAUUCCAGUUUAGUAUCGACUUGAUGGACUUUCUUGAAGAAAUACUCCGCUUUCAUGAGGCAAUUAUUGCUGCUGUGGAGCUAGAGGGCGUAGCGGUCUGCACUCCUGCGGCUCAGUGCAAAAUGAAUCCCUUGCUUCUUUGUCUUCAGGAUGCAGCUGCGGUAUACGAUCUUAUUGUGCACAUUUUAUUCAAGCUUCACGAACUUUUGGGGAUUGAUGCAAUGACUGGGCAUCGGGAACGGUUCGCAUAUUUGCAUGACAAUCUGGCAGCAUUUUUCCAGAAGGCAUCCCGUAUCCAGUAUUUCAAAGCAUUGGUUCAAAUUCCUUCUUUGACACAAAGCCCACCUGACUUCUGCGUUGGAUCGGAGCUUGAUCGACAUAAGUCUUUUCGAGUUGCUGUCAUAGAAUCUCAUUCUUCGGAAGAUGAGUCAGAACCACAUCCCCCAGAAUCUUCUUUCGAUGGUGUGGCUGCAGUCCCUUCACGCUCAUCGCCAAGUCCAACGCGUAACCCGCCUGCAACAAGUGCUGCAACCACAGAUAAUCAGCUGUUACCUUUAAGUGAUGAACCACCCGACUUCUCCACAUUGGACCUGAUAUCAGGACCACCCUUGAUGGCGCACGAUGGAACAGCUACACAGCCUGCAGUGGAAGAACACCAAGCUGAGGUGCUGCACAACAAACGUCAUUCCAGGCGUCUUGGUUGCGCACAGUAUAACGAGGAUCACGAAUUCCUUCUCGAAACGGAGCUCCUCAAAUCCGAGGUUCAUCAUCUUAAAGAUGAGCAUGAGCGAUUUGUUAGCUCGCUCGUCGAACGGAUCAAGGCCUUGGAAAGCGAAAUUCAAGAUGUCGUACAGCAAAAAUCCUUACGGGAGGAAUACUGUGAGGAAUUGGAAACAAAGGCACGUUUGAAUGCUAACAGGGCAGAAGCAUUUGAGGAAAAGUUUGUCAAACUUAAACAUGUCUAUGCCAAGCUGCGUGAUGAACAUGUGACUUUGCUGCGUGAUCUAGCUACCAAUCAAACUACGCUGGAAGAGUUGGAACGAACAAACACAAAUCUAAUGAAACAAGUUUCAUCACUCGAAGCACAGCUGAUGGGAGUAAACACCAUGGAUCUGAAAGUGUCUGAAAAUGGCUACGGAGACGGUGAUGCUGUGCUCCAUUCCAAUGGUUUGGUUGACUGGAUGGUUUCGCCAAAACCGCUCAUAGAUUCUUUUGGUGCACAUAUACAACAAACUCAUCCAGUUGUACAGAACGCCGUGGUUCAUAUGAAUGGAACGAGUGCCCCACAGAAAUAUCAGGACCGCUUGUUGUCUUUGACAUGUGCCCGCAUCAUGGACGGAUUUGACUGCUUUCUCAACAGACUCAGCAGCCCUGAGCGUGCCCAGCAGUGCGAAUGUCCUACAGAUAUUUACGUUUCUAUCUUGGAAACCGCAUCGAGUGAAAUCCAGAAGUUCAGGGAUUUGUUAGAGGAGACUUCUGACACAGAUUCUGACAAGUUCUUGCUCAGUGUGUGCGAUCUCGCCUCGCGACUUUAUGCGAUCGUGUUGCAACACAAGGCUUACUCAUUACAGUCCGAUGAUGACUGUCAAUUGCUUACAAAACAGUUUGCUUCGGAUGCUGUGCACCUCUUCCAAGCACUGGCUACGGAUCAGAACGCUGGGUCCCCAAACACUCCAGAUGUCGCUCGGUGUCUCGAACAGCUGGAUUCCUCUCUUGGCCGCUUGCGAACCGUUCGCUCUGUUUUAAAGCAAACUGAUGAUGAAAUCGAAUGGCUUUCUCUUGUCGACAAGGAAAUGUGUGAAACUGCAAAGUCGAUGACCGCGGCAGAAGAAAGGUUCAGGCAACUGGCUACAACCAGCUUCUCCACACUCCCUGGGACACCACUCCGUGUGCACCAGCUUAUUUUGGAUCGCUGUUCGGCUCUGAUUGCUGCCAUCAGGGAUUUGGUCUUAAAAUCAAAGAUGGCCCAACAGUCUAUCAACGAGGACACUGUGAAUUCCCAGAACUACAAACGACACGGCCGUUGGACCCAGGGCAUUCUCUCAGCAGCGAAAUCUGUUGGGGCCUGCGCUAAUGUUCUUGUUGAAGUUUCAGACCAACUUGUAUCGAAUCGUGAACAUGUGUUUGAGCGUCUCUUGGUUGUUGCCCAGGAAGUGUCAGCCAGUACGACCCAGCUGUUCGUUGCAAGCCGAGUCAAACUACCUCCCGAUUCGUUACACUUGAGCGAAUUGCAAGCAGCUGUCCGUUUAGUGUCGCAAAUGACUGGAGACCUGGUUGGCAGUGUAAAGUCGGCUAUCGAAACGCAUGAAGCCAUUGAACUAGAUUUUAGCGGUUUAACCCUUACCCAGGCAAAGCGCAUGCAGGUGGAAUCGCAAGUCCGAGUGUUGAAGCUGGAGAAGGCACUGGAAGAUGAACGAUAUCAGCUGAGCCAACUUAGGAAACACAACUAUCGAGACGAGGCUGAAGUGGAAGUAAGUUUAGUGAGAGGAUUCUUGUAUGUUUCAGAUUUUUUCCUUCCGACACAUUUGGAUAAUCGUAGUUUUCUAAAAUAUCCAAAAGGGGCACUACAAAAUGACCAGAGUGUCUCUUGAUACGGAUAUUGUUGGCUCGUUCAAUCUCUUUACAUAUGCAGUUCCUUUUGCCCAUCUUAUACCAAUGCGACAUCUUUAUUUGAUCUGUUUUUUUCACCUCUUCAUUGAUUUCUAAUGUCAAACGUCACACUACUUAUCAGUCGCGGUUGUCGGCACAUCCUUGUUCGCCUUUCCCGCCGUUUUCUGUAUAUCUGCCACUUGUCUUUCACCAGUCAGUGGAUUCUGAUUUGAGUCCUCAGUGACAAUCUCACCUCUUUUUGUACCAGCACCGGAUUUUAGGCAGUGGUUUAUCUCAUACAUGAACCUGCUAAUUAGUCAAUGAUUUUCAACAUUUUAUUUUUAUCGGCCCAUUCAUGCGCAAUUGGCAUCAAGAAUACCACAAAAAUACUCAGUAUGAUUACUUUUCGUUCAUUCCGCGAUGGAACUUGUGGCAAUAAACUUUCCAAAAUAUAAUUGUUAUUUUGCUCAUAAAUGAUCUAUCUGGGCUUCCAGAAACUAACCAGAU